AAAAGAAAGAAAAAAAGAAAAGAAAAGAAAAAAUAAAUGACCACGAAAAUCAGCUGUUCCUCACAUCGCUGCUAUAUCUUCAUGAUUAAUUCAUCUGACGCGACUGGCUGCCUACACGUAAUAGUCGUGACUAUUGAAUUGUAAUCUAUUCUUUCACCAUCAGUUUGAUGAAAUUAACAUCAAGGCUUGAUUUCGUUUCUUUACUUAUAAAUACCAGAGCUUGAAAGUAUACUGAAACAACGCUAUCGAUCGGAAAAACAAUAUGGCGGUUACGAUAGAGAUCUAGGAAAUGUCAAAUUCAAAAUAGACGCCACCAUCGGGAGAGUAAAGUAACGAUGUAUACGAAAGGUUGAAUGCGUAUCAACAUAAUGCAGUGCAAGUCGAAAGUCCGAAAGUGAAGUGACCUGAAUAUCUCUUAAAUCCUAAAUUUCGAUAACCUAAUACGAAUUAGCAUCAUGAACUACAAAGAUUCCAUAAUCAUUGUCGCAAAGUGAUCAAUUGAAAAUUUCUUACUAAAUGACUAAACAAGGGACAGCUCAAAUGUCACUCGAUGAUGACUUUGACAGACCAUUCGAAGAUGUUGAGCCUUUGCAGUGGGGAGCAUUACGUGAACUGUGCAAUGCCAGUUCAGAAUAUUUUGCCUCCCAUCAAGAUGAAAAUAGUAUUAGAAUUAGAGCUGCGCUUAUGGCUAUAUUGGAUCAUUUGGUACAGUUGCAACCACUGUAUAAAGAAAUUAGCAGAAUCGCGCCAAUGUUCGAUUUGGAUGCACAAACACCUGGCAAUGGGUACAGAAGUUUCCUGGUGCUAAUAGACAAAUGCAUUAUUCACUCUCGUUUAAUUUGUCACCAGAUAUAUUGUCAAAAGGAUUCUAUAUUUUUUCGUAAAAGUUAUUACAUGAGGGAAGUUGAGGCAUGUUCGCAACUACUGGCAUCUUUGUGCACUUGCUUGGAACAUUUACAAACUCUUUAUUCUUGGAGUGAGCACAUAAGUGAUGGAAAACCAUCUCUCUUUAUAGGAGAUAAUCACAAUCCAUAUGAAAUUUUAAACAAAGUAGAUAGUAUCAAUCAAUAUUGUUUUUAUGGCAGGUGUUUAGGAUUCCAGUUUCACGAUAGCUUAAAGCCCAUUUUAAAAACCAUAAUGGUUUGUAUGGCAACAUUCAGUGAAGCAUUUUAUGCCAAUGGCACAUUAUUAGCAAGAUGUGCUAAUUCUGUCAAGUACAUGUUAGAUCCUGAAGUAAGGGCGCGUCGUAUUGUUGAUGUAUCUCAACGCGCCGAUAUUUCAUUUUGUCAAGCAUUUUGGUUUCUUAAUGAGGCUGAUCUUGCACGCAGAUUGCCUGCCAUAACAGCUCCUUCUUUGGCAAUAAAUCAAAUAAUUUCUAUUCCACCUGAAGAGUUGACACUUCCUACAUUAAGUGGAUCAACUGUGUCGAUUCCAAUACCGAGUAGUCACGUUGGAAAGAAGCCAAUACAUGUUAGACUGUUCAGUUCUAAACGUCGUUUGGGGAUGGUCGGUUCAGGUGGAGUGGCAGGCGAAUUGCAUGGAUUGUCCAAUGAAUUAAUAAUCCAUUGUCAUGGUGGAGGUUUCGUAGCACAAACUUCACUAUCUCAUGAAACAUACUUACGCGAUUGGGCCAUCAAUCUUGGCAUACCCAUUUUAAGUAUAGAUUACAGUUUAGCGCCUGAAGCUCCGUUUCCUCGUGCACUUGAGGAAGUGCUAUAUGCGUAUGCAUGGACUUUAAAUCAUGCAAGCACAUUGCUUGGGAGUACAGCUCAAAAAAUAGUUUUUGCUGGUGAUUCCGCUGGGGCCAAUUUGAAUUUGGGAGUUACUUUAAAGUGUCUGCAGUUGAACAUCAGAAAACCUGAUGGAAUAUUUAUGGCGUACACACCAGUGCUUGUCGACUUUGUAUUGUCACCGUCGCGAUUACUUUGCCUUACAGACCCAUUAUUACCUAUGGGAUUUCUUUUACGUUGCCUAAAAGCAUACGCCGCUGAAUGUUCAAAAUCAGAGUCGGAAUCUUUUGCUGAGGUGAGCGAAAGCGAUCUAAUAGCGUUAGCUCUCAGUCCUAACGGAGAUGAAACGAACGACGCACACAAGUUAGCGUCUUUGCCAUCUGACUCUACUUUGAAUUCUGUCACUUUGACGGAAGUUGACGGGACGGAACAUCUACAGGAUGAAGCGAAAUCUCAAGAAUAUGUUAAUAAAUUUUUUGAUCUUUAUCGAAAUUGUGGUAAAACAAACACUUCGACGCACGUUGGGAAUGGCACUAUUAAUACAGGGAAUAAUAUCUCGAAAAAUGAUAAAUCUUGGUCCUUCUUUGGAUGGUCUCUUAGUGGAAGGCAUAGAGAAUCCAGGGAACUGGAUAUAGAGAAUGUGAAGAGUCCUAUGGAGGAAUUUAUAUUCACAGUGCCCAGAGACCCAUAUUUAAGUCCUUAUCUUGCAGCGGAUCAUCUUCUAGCACAAUUACCACCCAUUAAGAUGCUGACAUUAGAGUUGGAUCCAUGCCUUGAUGACUCUGUCAUGUUUGCAAGGAAACUUCAGUCACUUGGUGUAUUAGUCACGCUUGACAUAUUGCCAGGUUUACCUCAUGGGUUUCUUAACUUAACACCAGUUUCAAAAGAGGCAAGCGAAGGAUCAGAUCUAUGCGUGAAAAGAUUGCAAGAAUUACUGGCAUUAUAAGUAUAUGCAUAUAGGAAAUACUCAUUAAAAUAUAAAUGUUUAUACGCGGGAACAAAACUUUUUUGCUUUUUUUCUUUUAGGUGUCAAUUUAAUCAAUUUUUUACAAAGACUAAUGGUAUUAUAUUGUACUAUAUUUAUAUUUUAUUAAUGGUGGUCAUAGUCUAAUUCAAUAUUUAAUUUAAAAUCAAAUACUCUCAAGUUAUUGUACUUAAACAGUAAUAACUUUGUAUUACGUUUACUGAAUGUGCAAUUCGUAGGAAAAGCGAAAUAGCUUUCCAUUUUCUACUGAAAACAUGUUUAAAAAAUAAGACCAUAGACAUAUUGGUUGUAUAAAAUAUUUGGGAUUAUUUCAGUUCUCAAUGUUAUAAUAUUUUAUGCAGCUAACACAAGUUACUAAAUGUAUUAGGCAUAAAUAAAGUAUUAUAAAUGUGAUACAAGUUUAAUGACAUGAUCAAAAAAAAAAAAAGAAUGAAUAUUUUUGGAAUAUGAACAAGUGUAUAUAGAUAAUUUACCAUGUUGCGAAUGUUACGAAAAAUCCUAUAUGCACAGAGAUGUAAUUACUCACAUUCUGGUAACAAAAUCGAAUUUUGUGAUAACAGGUAGUUGCGAUGGUCAUGUUAAAUUUUGGAAGAAACAAGAGGAACUGAUAGAGUUCGUGAAGCACUUUCGUGCACAUUUGAUGGCUAUACAGUCUAUGGCUGGUAGCUGUAAUGGUGUUAAUGCAUGUACAAUAAGUUUAGAUAAAACAAUAAAGAUUUUUGAUGUCAUAAAUUUUGGCGAGUAAUUUUUAUCAAUGUAAAAAUUUGUUAAAUAUGUGGCAUUAAUAUGGCUUGAUUAUCUGAUGAUAUUAAUAUCUUAUUUCAGACAUGAUUAA